GACCAUACUCGUUCGGGUUUCGGGUAUCCACGGUUAUCCAUGGGUAAUGAUUUCUCUUCAUAACUCCAACUAAUAUGUUUACAUUCACACGUAUUCUCACAUUACACAAGAGGAAAAGUAUGACAAUAAUUCACUAGAAUGAAGAAAAUUAAUUAAAACAACACAAUUUCAUGAAAAUAUUAUAUUUAUAUGCUAAAUAUAAAAUAUUUUAGAGAAAAAUAAUGACUAUUUCUAGACAAAAUACAUAUGUAUGUGUAUAAUCAGGCGGGUUCGGGUUGGAUACUGAGAAACCCAUGCCCACCCAUUACCCGCAAUAUUCGGGUUCGGGUUUUACCCGUACCCACUAAAUGUCCUUCGGGUUCGGGUUUUACACUACCCGAUUAGGCCGGGUUCUGGUGGAUAUCCACGGUUACGGAUAUUUUUGCCAUCCGUAGGAGUUAGUACUGCUGCAACUUGUUGCCGCAAGCGGGAAAACCUCCGCCCACCUUCUCCGACCUCGUCGUCCACCACCUCCGAAGGUCCCGUCAUCCAACCCCUUCCACAGACCGUUCCAAGAGGUCGAAAGCGUCCACCUUGCUGCGUGCCCUUCUUUCCCGCCGUCCAGCUCCGGCGACUUCAUCGUCGUCGCCUAGACCCAUAGGCAACUCCCAUCUAAGCCCGGAUCCAUUCGCCACCGCCUCCUCGUAGGCCAUCUACAGGUGAGCCUCCUCCUGUUCCGCAAUUGGGUGACCGAAUUUUGAAUUUGGGGUUUCUGCCUUUGAUCUGCGGAUUGAUUGGGGGUGCUCUCUUGAUUUUGCUGUUCAGAGAGCGAAGAGGGUCUGAUUUUCUGAUAGGUGCUCCAUUUCCAUGUCCAGCCUCCAGAAUUGGGGUUCUUUUUAGGAAAAUAUAAAGUUGCAAUUGCAAUAAACAUAGCCACAUCUCCUCAUCUUCACCUUUUUCAGAGUGAAUCGUUGCUUCUGUACCAUGUGCAUGAAACUGUAAUCUGUCUGUCAAUUGAAUAAGUAAGGAUGGGUAUUCAUAGAAACUUCAACUUUUAGAAACGCGCUAGAUUUGGUAUUGCUUGCAGUUUCUCGAUAUAACUAUUUAUCUCGUCCUGUUCAGAAGUGAUUAAUUUGCAGGUAUCCAAGUGGUGGUGGGGCUUUUGCUGUAUUUUCUACUACUAAUUGCAACUAUGAGAGCCUGGUAGGACAGAGAUUGCUACUAUGCUUAAUGGCUUUGAUCAUUUUGGAUCUCUCUCUAUGCUCUCUUCAUAAUUUGUUAUGUUAGAAAGUGAUGUCAAGGUUUUUUCUUACUUUAGUUUUGCUGAUUAAGAAAAGCUGGCUGCCUUUCCAUGUUGCCAUGCUCAGGACUUGAUUUUGAUAUUAGGAACUUUUCAAAAGCAGAAAAUGAGAGGAUAGUUUUUAAAUGGGAGUCAGGGUGAUUGGGUCCUUCUUUGCUCUUUUCAUAUAUUAUGUUAAUGUUAAUCUAUUAUGUCAAGUAACUGGUGGCUUGAUUUUUUUAAUGUUGGGGUGGUUAAUUUAAGACUUGUUAUUUUGAUAGUUUACAAUCUUCCCGAGGCAGUUAAAAGAUCAAGAGUCUAGAUUCCCCACUUGUUUCCUUUCCUUCAGACACACCAUGCUUAAGGUUCCAGAACAUCAGGUUGCCGGCCAUCAAGCCCUCGGCGGGCACCUUGGUCCCCUCAUAGACGACUCAGGACGCUUCUACAAACCUCUGCAGGGUGAUGAACGUGGCUCCAAGGAAAUGUCAUUCUACACAUCGUUUUCUUCCAACACAAGGGUUCCAGAACACAUCAGGAGGUUCUUCCCGGUCUUUCAUGGCACUCAACUUGUAGAGGCAUCCGAUGGAUCUGGCAGGAAACCCCACCUUGUCUUGGAAGACGUCACUUCAGGCCAGUUUAAACCCUGCGUCAUGGACAUUAAGAUUGGUUCAAGAACAUGGUACUCAGAGUCUUCCGAGGACUACAUUCAAAGGUGCUUAAAGAAAGAUAUGGAAACCAGCAGUUUGUCUCUGGGGUUCAGGAUAUCAGGGCUGCAGGUAUAUGGUAACAAAGAAUCUGAAGUUUGGAAGCCUGAGAGGAAGGUCGUUCAGAAGCUUGAUGCUGAUGAAGUUAGGUUGGUCCUGAAAAGGUUUGUUUCCUCUGACCCCUCUCCUGACCUGGAAUCCAACCCCGAUUGUUGCUAUGCAUCGAGUGUUUAUGGUGGUUCUACUGGGAUCUUGGCCCAGUUGCUGGAGCUGAAGGCCUGGUUCGAGGAUCAGACUACCUAUCAUUUCAAUUCUUGUUCGGUUCUCAUGCUGUAUGAGAAGAAGCCAUUGCUUCCGAAGAAAGGAGGGAGUUCAGCUGCUGAAGUCAAGCUUAUUGACUUUGCUCAUGUCACUGAGGGCAAAGGCGUUAUUGAUCACAACUUCCUGGGAGGGCUGUGUUCGUUUAUAAAGUUCAUCUCUGAGAUCCUUACCAACCCAGAUGAACAAUCUCCCAGAACUUGCUCGCAGUACUCGGAUAAGAAUGGUGGUGCCACUGAAAAUGGUGCUGCAGAAUCAAAAUAGCACUUAUUUGGUGGUGUGGUUUCCGGCCUAAGGCGUAUCAUGUUUUUAUGGUUUCUCACCUGUGUCCUGGAUGUGUUGAUGAGCUUCUAUUAACGCAAGAGGAGUAUAACUUGUCGUUUAAACUGUUGUCGUUUGAAUUUUGAACAGAACUCAUGUAACUCUUACUCAUGUUUUACCAAGUCAAGUUCCCAGUUUUAUUUUUGCUGCUGAUUUACCCGGUCAAUGGAGGAAAUAUUCGCGUUAAUGCAGUUACCUUUAUCAACUUUAACAAAUUAAGUUAAAAGAG